AUGACCGGCGACACUUCAACCUCCACGGUACCCAGAGCGAUGUCCAAGUCACAUCCAGACACAGCCACGAAGCAGCCGGCUUUGAAGUCGCCUACCCAAACAACGCCGGUUACAUCUGGAGCACCCUCGAGCACAAAGACCCUGUCAAAGGUAACAAAGAAGAGCCCAGAAGUAUGUGCGCAGCCUAGGCCUAAGCGAACGAAUGCCGGAAACUGGUAUGCGAAGAUGAAGCCUUUGUACGAGAAUAAGGAGAUGCUGGACCAGAUUCUACCGGAAGACGACGACGAUUCGAAUUAUGAGGGUCCUAUUACAGAGGACGACUAUUCUGAUGAUAAUGAUGGAUGA